AUGAAUACAGCGGCUUCGCUAGAUAGACUUGCAUAUGAGCUGGCUGGUUCGCGCAGAACAGCCUUUUAUCCAAUUCUGGAAAAACAUCUUAGAACCAAGGAACUACUUGAAAAUAGCGUAUCUCGAGUUCGUAUAUAUGUCAUGAAGAUGUACUGCCUGUGUGCAGACGGGGACAUUUCAAUGGGCAGUUAUAUGUACAGCAAAAUUAAGGGAGACCUUCAUUUAAUUGCUGGCUGCAAUGUGGAAAUGAUAAUGGCGCAUGAGAGUCUGCUUAUAGUCAACCAGAUUGAUGAGUUGAUAGAACAUAGGGACAUUUUUAAUUUCAAAAGCAUAUACAACUUUAACUUGUCUUUGCUCAAAAACAAUCUGGAGGAGUGCAAAGAUCUAAGCCUAAAACUGACAAAAACCCACCCAAGCUGUGCAAUGGUCCUGCUGUUGAAGGGAACAGGCGAAAUUCGCGGGCUGCAGCUUGAAAUACUGAAGGUCUUGCUGAGGAAAGUAAGAGUAAGCAACUCUUUGAUCUCUCUGCUGCUUGCAAAGGGCAUUCCAUACGCGUCUGUACUUCAGAAAUAUGUGCUAGACAACAUUACAAAAAAAGAAAAUGACAUAUCUUCUUUGCUGCUGCUUAAAGACCUUGUUCUUAGGGGGAUUCCCAUUGAAGAGUAUGGGUACACAAUUGACUCUCUCUUAGAGAAGUUGGAUGACUGGGAGAUAUACGAAUACUGCUUGGAGAAUGAUAUUCAAAUACAAAAAAAAGACAAUAAGAGCAUUAAUUAUCUCACGUACGAACUGUCACUUAGCAUGGAACCAGAGAGAAUACUUAGGUAUGUGAGAACGAGCCACAACUUCAGCUUCUUAUUCAAAAACAUGGAAGGCAUGGACGCAGCGCGGCGGGAAGAGCUCCUGCAGAGUGUAAAACAUUCUGACCCACUGCGAUUUUUAUAUUUAAACAAUGCCAAGUUUGAGUUCUUUUCAAAGGAGGGCUGUCUGGAAAUACGCGACUUCCGCUCUUAUUUGAAUAAUAUGACAGACCUAAUAUUUUUGGUUGGAAUCUUGAUUAAGGAAAAGAGAGAUGAGGGCAUAGUACAGGCUCUGCUAAUUCUGCUAGUGAAGAGAAGUGAUUUCCCCGGAAACCAAUACAUUACCAUGCUAAUAUGCGGGCUUCUCAGAUACUUGCUUGCAUACGAGCUGUUUACUACUGAGUAUGAGAAGCUAGAUGUUCAGAAUAUUCAGCUAGAGAGCUUGUCGUAUCUGUGGAGCGACUUACAGAUUCUUUAUGAGACAUGGCUAAGAAUAAAGCUGCCAGAAGAUCUCACGGAAAGCUAUUUAAGCAACCGCCUAAUAGCAAUUGGCAGCGCAAACACAAACAUGUUUAAUCUAACAGAGAGGGAGGAGUAUUCUCAGCUGCUUGCCUUGCUUUCAUACAGAGAUCGACUUAUAAACUCGCCGACGUAUAAGCAGAUAACAGAAGGAAAACUAUAUCCAUUAGAAAAAACACCGAACAUAGAGAAAAUACUUAUUUCUGAAAGCAGAUAUAUUUUCGCGAAAGUCACUUCGCGUGCACAAAAGGGAAAGGGAAGCUCUGCUUUUGUGACUCUUGAUAGCAUUCCAGAAUCACUGGACACGUGCAGCAUUAGAAAGAUAUUCCAGGACUCACUGAAUAAAAUAAGCGCUUUUAUGCCAGUGCCGCAUGAUGUCUCCAGUAUUUUGGAUAGAAUUAUACAUUCGCAAGAAAUAAUAUGGAAUGCUUUGCAAAAGUCAGAGCAGAUGAAUUAG